AUGAUUGACGCUAAACUUAUUCAACGUUACUUUCAACAGUUGACACGAGGUUGUGGUAAUAAUCAAUGUUUGAAUGUUUAUUGUUCAUCAAAUGCUUCAUUCAAAUAUGAUCGAAAAUUAUUUGAAGAUCCAAAUAAUGUUGCUGCUGAAGCAAUAACAUUAACACAUGAAUAUGGUUCAGCUUAUUUAGAUGAAUAUAUGAAUGCAAAUUUAUUUAUAAUAGAAGAUAAUCUUAUACAAAUAAUUAAUAAAUCUAAAGAACAAAAUAACUGGAGAUUACUUCAAAAUUUAAUUUAUUCAGUAUUUUCUAAUCGACAAAAUUUAUCAUCAAGUUUUUUACGAAAAGGUUUUCCUUUAAAUCUAUCAUUAAACACUGAUUCUUCUUCUUCUUUAACAACAAAUGCAGCAACACCAAAAAGUAAUUUUGUACAUGAUCCACGUAUAACAAUUGAAAAUGAUGAGAUAACAUUAGAUUUUGAUAUAAUGAAACGUGUAAUAAAAAUCUUAAUGUCAUAUGAAGAUGAAAUAUCAUCAACAUUUAAUAAUGCAUUAGGAGUUUUAUUUAAACAAAUUUAUAAUGAAUUAACAUCAUCGAAAAAACAAGAACUUGAAAAUGAUGCGAAUUUUCUAAAUAUAUUCUUUAUUAUAUUUCAAUUACCAUAUCUUUCCGAUCCAGUAUUUAUUUUUGAAAUUGCAUAUUCAUUCUAUACACUUUUUACGAAAUUAUCUACUGAUAUACAAGCGAAAUUUGUACGAAUAUUAGCUAAACAUAAAAAUGAUUUAAGUGCUUAUGUUGCACAUGUACAACAAUAUAUUACCAUAUAUACAGUGAAAUGGUGUGAUCGUACACAAAUGAAUAGUACAACUGAAGCAUUACUGUCAAGUGAACAUGGUAUGUACGAAGGACUCAAUGUAUUGCGUAUGCUUUUUUAUGCAAAUCUUCUUGGUGGUGAACGUGAUACUGUAGAAAUAAUUGAAAUUGAACGUGAUAAUGAACAAAAAAUGGAAGUUGAAUUAGUGAAUCGUCGUCAGAGACAGAAUGAUGAUGAUGAUGGUAAUAAUGAAGAACAAGAACAAAGUGAACAACAACAACAACUACCACAAACAGAACAACAAGAUGAAAAUAGAUCGGCGGCGGCGGCGGCGACAACUGCAACUAUUUCUCCAACAGGUAAUCGUUCAUCAAGUUUUACAAUGCGUACAUCGACGACUGAACAAGAUGAAAUUGAAUCAAUGUAUGAAAAUCCUUUACAAAUUAAACUUAAUAUUGAACCUAAUGAAUAUCGUCAUGGUUUUUUACAUUUUGAUGAUUUUAUUAAUGAAUUUGCUAAUGAAAAAAUCGAAAUUAAUAAAGAAUAUCUUGAUUUUGUUCGACAAAGACCAGAGACUCUACAUUUUUCAUUUAUUUUAUAUCCAUUUUUUCUAUCAACAAUUAACAAAAUUGCACUUCUUAAUAUUGAAAAUAAAGUGCAAAUGUAUCGUCAACGGCAUACAACAUUUGUUCAUAGUAUAUUUAGUGGUAUUCGUCUUGAUCCAUUUUUUAAAAUAUGUGUUCGACGUAACCAUAUUAUUGAAGAUGCUUUAAUCACUCUCGAAUAUCACGGUAUCGAACAACCAGCUGAACUGAAAAAACAACUAUUUGUCGAAUUCGAAGGUGAACAAGGACAUGAUGAAGGUGGUUUAUCUAAAGAAUUCUUUCAACUUAUUACAGAACAAAUUUUUAAUCCUGAAUAUGGUAUGUUUAUGGCCGAUGAUGAAACACGAUCUCUAUGGUUUAAUCCUUCGGCACCUGAAGAUCUCGAUCGCGAAUAUAUAUUAAUUGGCAUGUUAUUAGGUCUAGCUAUAUAUAAUUCAGUUAUUCUUGAUAUUAAAUUUCCACCUAUUCUAUAUCGUAAAUUAAUGGGUAAAAUUGGUACUUUUGAAGAUCUUGAAACAUCACAUCCGACUAUAUAUAAAAGUUUAAAAAAUCUUCUAUCAUUUAAUGAACUACAAGAAGAUAUCACAGUUGAAGAUGCAUUUGGUUUAACAUUUCAAAUAGGUAUUACAGACGCAAUGGGUUCACGUGUUACAUUUGAUUUAAAAGAAAAUGGAGAAACUAUUCCAGUGACAAAUUCUAAUCGAGAGGAAUUUGUACGUCUUUACAGUGAUCUUGUAUUAAAUAAAAGUGUUGAAAGACAAUUUCAUCCAUUUUUUCAUGGAUUUCUAUUAGUCACACGUGAUAGUUCAUUACGAAAACUUUUUCGACCUGAUGAAAUUGAUUUACUUGUGGCUGGUAGUCAUGUACUAGAUUUUAAUCAACUUGCUUCAGCUGCUGAAUAUGAUGGUGGUUAUACAAAAGAUAGUCCAACGAUUCAAAAUUUUUGGAAUGUCUUAAUGAGUUUUACUGAUGAACAACAACGAAAAUUUCUUCGAUUUACAACGGGUAGUGAUCGUGCACCUAUUGGUGGUUUGGCAAGAUUAAAAUUAAUCAUAUCUCGAAAUGGUCCUGAUACUGAUCGUUUACCAACGGCACAUACAUGUUUUAAUGCAUUUCUUCUUCCUGAUUAUUCAUCUAUGAAUAAAUUACGUGAAAAACUUUUAAUUGCAAUUAAUAAUGCUGAAGGAUUUGGUCUACUUUAA